CGAGAGCCUCAAGUGACUCGGGUCACACAGGUGCAUUUUGAACCCAGGCCCUCUGAUUUCAAACGUUCCCAUCUCCUCUCCUCCACUCCGACGCAGGCGUUAGGACCCCCAGCUCCCCCUCGCCUUCAGUUACCCAGGCUUCCCCUCCCCCCAGUCUCCGCCCCACGGGGACCCCGGGUCUCCUUCCCUAGCGGGUCUCCGAGCAACUUCGAGUGUAAACAAGUGAAAGCUGGCCGUGUCCCCCAGGGCAGGGGGGUGCGGCUCAAUCUGUGCGUCAUGAGAUCGCUGUGGUUCUUCUCCGUCUUCCUUCUCCUCCGCCUGGGCUCCCCAGGAUCCGAGGCAGCCCCCUCAGCUCCGCCGCCUCCGGAGCCCUCGAAGACUUACGACGCCGAGGGCGGAGUUGUCCUCGGAGCGCCCUCGGCCUCGGAGACCCCAGCCCCUACCCCUGAGCAGUCAGGGUCGCCGGAAGCCCCUCGCUCCAUCCCCCCCCACACUUCCCAGCCCGAAUCGGCCGAAAGCCCCAGCCCUGCUCCCCCGGGGAGUGCACGGCCAGAAUCCCCGAAGGCCUCCGACUCCAUCCCAACAGCAACUUCCCAGGCAGGAUCCCCCGAAGGCCAGAGCCCCAGAUCCUCCGGGACCCCUGACUCCUCCGCUGUCCUCUCAGAAUCCCCUGCCAGUCCCAGGCCCGGCCUCUCCGGGACCUCCGACUUUCCCGCGCAAACUUCCUCCCCAGAACCUCCCGGCAGCCUGCGGAAUGAGCCCUCCGAGACAGCGGGCCCAGCUCCCGAAACUCCCAGUUCUGAGCCCCCAGGGCUUGGGCAGGCCGAGACGCUUAGCCUUCCGCCCCCGGAAUCCUCCCCUGGUCCUCCGCCCUCGGCUUCUGAAACAGCCCGCGCCGCCCCCAGCCCGGCCCCUCCCGAACCGUCCCAAAUGGGAUCGCCGGCUGCCCCGAGCCUGGGCUCCGCAGGAAGCCCUGCCUUCGAGUCUUCCGUGAGCUCCCUCUCUGGGUCCCCCGAGAUUUCGGGGCCGUCAGCGACCCCCAAAGGGCCUCAAGACCCACCCCCUGCAGCCGCCCGGCUUCUGGAGGCCCCCGCUGGCCCGGAGCCCCCCGCUCGGCUCAGGCCUCUUCAGCGGCGCCGUGGGAGCGACACCGUGAACACCAUCAUCGUCGUGGAGAGAGUGCAGGAGACUGGUGUGACCCUGGUGGGCCGGCCGCGAGGCGCCACGGGUGGGGCUCUGUGCCUCUUCCUGGCCGGGGCCGGGCUCCUGCUGGGAGUUUUCCUGCUCCUUUGGUGUCUAUACCGCCGGGCAGCACGAUCUAGACCCUUCGGACACCACCGGCUGCCGGAUGACGGUGAUGAACUAGCUCUCCACCUGGACACCCCGAAGGAUCCCUACGACCUCCACUUCUACGCUCCGGACGCGUGGGUGCCCUCGCACAUCGCCACGAAGCAGCCCCCCAGCACGCCCCCUCUGCCUCCCAAGCUGCCCCCGCCCCCCGGCCGGGCCUCUUCGCCGCCGCGCCUGGAGCCGCUCUCCCCCGCGGCUCUGCCCAACAACUUCGUGUGAACCGCGGGGCCCAGGCUUCUGCCCAGCAUGCUUUGCGCUUGUAGUCCUGACGUUAGGCGGAGGCUUUGGGGCGCUCUGGCUUCCGUUCCUGGGGACCCCCAUUCCGAAUUAAAAGGCUCGUCCCCUGA